AUGGCUCCACUGCAUUCCGUCCUCGGGAGCCCUGGGAUGAAGACUCCUUCCAAGAAACCCCUGGCUUCUCGUCCUCCGACAUCAGAAAUUUGCAGGAUGUCGGAGAAUUGCGAUCCGAAUCUUACAGGUCAGAGCUCUUCCCAUAAAUCAAUCGCCUCUCCGGCGAAUAGAUCUGCGAAAACGAAGAAAUCUGCCGCAAAACUUCCGUCCUCCGUCGUGUCGCCGCCUACAGCGGUUCGAGAGAGGAAGUUUUUCAUUGUUUCCAAGAAGAAAAUCACGAGCGGUGACAAGGGUGGAGAUCCGAUGAGGUGCCGCCAAGCGGCGUACGAGGCCCUCAGAGCUUCCCAGGAGAACUUCUUCCGCAGAGAUCAUGGAGCAGCGUCCACGGGAACAACGGAGAUAUCGUCCGUUGAAGACACAAAACGGCAGGAAGAAGAAGAUGAGCUGAACAACAACGUUGUGAAUGACGAUGAGGGAAGCGUCGCUUAUGAGCACCUUGCUCCUGCUGAUGAUUCUAGUCACCAGGACCUCGAAGGGAGUUCGAAGGUGAGGAAGAUGAGGAGCUUGAUGAUGGAAGAGGCGAUGAGCACCAUGCCAGAGGCAGGAUCAGGUAGAGUAUUGCAUUUGGUGAAGGCAUUCGAAAGUAUGCUUUCCAUCUCCAAGGAUGAAGGGGCCCAUAGUGUGGAAGAGAGCACGAGGAAGGUUAUGAAUUGGCCAUUGCCAGGGCUGCAUCCGCCUCCAAAACCAGUGGAGACACGAGCAUCCUCCUCUUCUGUCGAGUUUUUCUUUCCUCCUAAGGAUUUCGACAGGGAAUCUAAGAUGUACUCUUCGUUUGACAGCAACGAUGGAAGGUCAGUGGCCAUUGUUAUCCUCGGUUUUUAUUUCAACUUUGGGCUCAUUCUGGACCGUGGAAAGAUUGAAUAUUUAUAAUGUCUAGAUUGAGCUUGGAGAGCAAGGCAUCAGAGGGAGGAAGGAGAAGCAGGCGAAACGUAAACCAUCUUCCCUUGGGCAUUUAACGAGCAUCAAUGUACCUUGACUUAAAUAUGACUUCUAAAGUUUUCUUCUGCCUCUUUUCCAGAGUUCAGACUCCUUAAAAAGUUCCUGGAAUAAGAAGCUUAAAGUCACAAGACAGAACCCAUUCAAGUUAAGAACCGAGGUACAUAGCUCCCUUUCCCUAUUAGAGCAUUUGAUUUUUAGAUAUUCAAUUAUAUGGAUAUGAGAAUAAAAGGAAUUUAUUCAAGUGACUAUAUUUUUGUGGUAACUAGUGUUCCUUAGAGUCUGAGCAUCACGAAUAAAGAAGAUCUGUAAGUUGAAUUGUUCUGUAAUAUGUCCCUCUGUUUGAAAGUCCAGGCAGGUUUGCAAAAUUUUCUUCCAAAAUUUUUAGGUGUGAAAUUGUUGGAUUUAAUUAUAAUUUCGGUGGUUAUUCAUAGUAUUUCUAUGAUUUUUCCUUAUUUCAGCAACGAGGGAGACUUAAAGAGGAAUAUUUUUUCAAUAAAGUAAAAGAGAUGUUAACAGAGGAGGACAAGAAACGCAUACCUAUUGCACAAGGACUCCCAUGGACUACGGAUGAACCAGAGGUAAGAAAUCCAGGCUAGGUAAAGAUAUCACGACACAACAACACAUUGUAUUCCAUUUUUUGAGGAGCUUUCAUUGCAGUAUUCUUGGAACAAAAAAUUACAGAAUUGAAAAGGCAUAGUAAAUUGUCGCCAAUACGCUGGUUUGAGGAAGUCUAGGAGAACGGCACACUGCUCUCCGUAAGUAUAGUCAGGGCGUGAAUUGAAGCAAACGUAUGACACGAUUUCUGCUGACGAUGUUAAAAACUUUCCAGUGAGAAAGUUAUGACGGUCUGAUGCCAAAAAUAUCAAAGUGAUCAAAAUUUAUCAACUUCCUUGCUAUCAAUCUGCAAUAAUAUGUGUUUGCCUCCACUUGUAUCUACCGAAGAAUGUGUUUGCCGUAUUAUGCAAAAAAGUUUGUUCGCAUGCUCUGUUCUUGCAUUUAAUACUAUCAGCAAUGGAGGAUUCUCAGUAGGUUUCUGGAAGCAGUCCCUAAAGUUGUCGUUGAAUUGGUGAAAUCUUUUUGUGCUACAUCGCAUUCUCCACUGAUGUUAAGAAUUUUUCAUCUAAGAAAGAAAUACAAGCACAAACCUUGACGCUAUGUUCUCUGUGCAUGAUGAUGUUAGUGCUUGGUGAAGCCUCCGGUAAAAGAAAUUACAGAGCCGGUGGACCUAAUUCUGCACAGUGAUGUACGCGCCGCAGAGCGUGCGGCCUUUGACACUUUUGUAAGUUAUUUAUAAAGCAAUGGCGUCAGUAUCUUUCAUUGCUUGAUGAUCAUCUUCUCCAUGUAUUCUUGAGUUUAUUUAACACGUAACGCGACUCAUUUCAGGUGGCUGAAAGAUUGACAGUUGCAGAGCGAACGAAAUUGGAAAGAGAAAGACAGAGAAAGGUAUAUGUGGUUGAAAAGAUUGAUCUCACCCAAGGAACAAAACCUAGUAGAAAAAUCUUCUUGUUUAUAAUUUUUUUUUCUUGACUAGUUUCUCAUCUUAUGAGGCAUCAUUUUUCAUUUGCAGUUAGAAGAAGAAGAAGAGAUCAAGAAACUCAGAAAGGAGCUGGUGCCUAGAGCUCAGCCUAUGCCUUAUUUUGACCGGCCUUUUAUUCCAAAAAAGUAAGUACAGUAGUAUCUUCUUGUUUCCAUCUUCCUUACUAAUUUGAGCCAUAUUCAGAAUUUUUUAUUUUUUUUAUUUUUUACCCCGUGUCACCCUUCUUUCUGGUCAUAUACUCGAAACUGCGGCCACAAAAUUAAAUUUUUCUUGGAGAAAGCUUUGAGCUUCAGCUUCCUACACAGCUUUUUUGAUAAAAAAAAAAGAUAAUCACGUAUAUGUUUUUGCUUUCCGUAAGAAUUAAAGUUUCUUUUUCUGAAAGGUCAACGAGACCCCAGACGGUCCCAAAGGAGCCCAGAUUCCGCGUUCGUCCACACAGGCCAUGGUAA